CCGACCCGCGAGCAGCUGCAGAACCACUUCAUGAUCUGCGCCGUGCCGAUGGUCGGCUUCGGCCUCAUGGACAACACGGUCAUGAUCCACGCGGGCAACGCCAUCGACUGUACCCUGGGCGUGGCCUUUGGGCUUUCCACACUCACCGCGGCGGCGUGCGGGCAGGUCUGCUCCGACGCCGCGGGCGUG